AUUUCAAGAGAUUGGAUUUUGUGCUGAAAACGUCAUGAUCCAUGAAAGUUAUGAGUCAUGUAGUGAUAAUAUGUUUAAACUUAAAGUCACAAAAGCAGUAUGGGACUCUAUGUGUUCUUGUUUAGAUCCAAAUAUCUUCAUACAUCAAUUGAGCCACAGAUUUUUCAAAUUAAUAUUACAGUUAAUAUCUAGAUAUCAGACUUGGGCAGAAGAUGUUAAUACCAAAUCCAAGACUGAUUUAAAAGACUUUAGCACCCGUAUUAAGUUUCUUGAGGAUUUGGAAAGUGAUUUAAAUACAUUUUAUUUAAAAUUAAAUGAUAUAUAUUUCAUGUUUGAAGAAUUGUUACGUACAAAGGUAUCUGCUGAUAUUUUAGAAUCACAAAAAAGUAGUAUUGUAAAUGACAAUUUAAAUACCUUAAUUAAUAAUUUGAGUAAAUGUAAAGUGCAAUCUGUGACUGAUGAAGCAAUGUCUCAUGUCAUAAGAGUAACUGAUGUACCAAGGUUGUUCAGACACACAAAUCGAGAUUAUCCCACUGAACCAUGUGCUUAUAUGAAAUCAAUUGUUACUACAUUACAAACAUUACAGAAUAAAAAUUGUAAAAAUCAAGUGCUAGAUCAUAUAGUUACACAAUAUGUAGCUUACGUCGAUGAUGUAAUGAAAGCAAUAAAAAAAACAGAAGAAAGCUUAAGAAAACUUAAAAAGAUUAGAGAUCCAAACUAUAAAGUAAAUUCUGAUGAUGAUAAAAUUCGUUCCCAACUAACAUUGGAUAUUGAUUAUUUAUUACUGUCUUAUACUUGUAGCAUAGGCGUGCACACAGGGGGUGCAGGGUAUGCAACUGCACCCCCAGCGAGUUCAGCUUAG